AUGAAAAUCCUUUCUCUUGUCACUGUGGCUGUUUCUGUUGUCGGAGGUGUUUGCCGCACCUUCACGGUUUACAAUGCGUGCCCCUUCACAAUUUGGCCUGCUAUUUUCACGGAUUUGAACGUAGCUCCCAAUGUUCCAAAUUUUCCAACUGGAUGGGAAGCAGGGCCAUUUACCAAAGUUGAAUUCGCUGUUCCAGACAACUGGAAGGCCGGCCGCAUCUGGGCUCGCCGUAAUUGUGAUUUCAGUGUGAACCCAGGCCCCAACUCUUGCUUGACUGGUGGUUGUAAUGGAGGCCUUCUCUGCGAUGCUCGAACUGGCACGGGGGUUCCACCCGCAACCUUGGCUGAAUGGACUCUGGAAGGCGAUGGCAACAGAGACUUCUACGAUGUCUCUCUUGUCGACGGCUACAAUCUACCAGCAAGGAUCACGAACAAUGUUGGGUGUCCUGUCGCUGACUGCCCUGUGGAUUUGGGACCAAAAUGUCCUGCGCCUUUGAGGGGGCCUGUCGAUUCCACAGGUUUUCCGCUCGGGUGUCGCAGUGCAUGCGAAGCAAACUUGGACGGCAACCAAGCUAAUUCACCUAACUGUUGUUCGGGCUCGUUCAGCACACCUGAUAGAUGCCCGAGCUCUGGUGUUGCAUUCUACAGCUAUUUCAAGAGCAACUGCCCCAAUGCAUAUGCCUACGCUUACGACGAAUCUAGUGGAACGGCACUUUGGACCUGUGACUCGUCGCUCAGGGCCGACUACACUUUGACCUUCUGUCCUUGA